AGAUCAGCUCUCUUGAGUUUAAAAAGGCACAGAAACAAAGCAAAUACUUAAUUCCAUGCUCAAAUAACCCAAUACUGGUCUCAGUUCCACAUCUAGCUCAUGCUGUGUGGCAGCAGUCCAUUGCACUGGUGUUUAGCAAUAGCACUGGCCUGCUGAAGAUAAGGGUGUUCCAAAAGUUCCCAGGCAUGGACAUCUCCAGAUUCACAUAGCAGCCUUCAUUUCCCACCUCAUGCUCCUGGUAAGCUUUUUCAAUUGUCCUGUUUUUCUCUUGGGAUACCUUUCUGACCUCACUGUUCACUUUGUUCUAUGUUUCAGUCCGAUCUGUGGGACUGUCCAACAAAUGUACAAUACACUCUUCCACACAUGUACUACAUGACUCCCACAUUAUUUACCUUCAAUUCUUGUAUUUUACUGCACUGAGGAGACACACAUUGCUUGGGUUGGGAUUGGAUCACGUUCUAAUUGCAAAAGGAAUUUGCAGUGAUCCUGCUGAAAAUGUACAAAAUUGCUUUCUUAUGUAAAACCCUAAUUUAGCUGUCACUGAAAUUAUGUAUGUCACCAACCUCUGAUUAGAGCAAACUUCUAGUAGUCUAUAUUAUUGUAAUAAUUCUGUAUAUUUAUAAUUAUCUUUCCACCAUUAGUAACUUGAGGAAUGUUAUUUUAACUCUGUAAACUUUAAACUUUUAUAUACAGGCUUAAAAGACCAGUACAUUACAAAAUUUUUACUAAUCACUCUCAGAUUAUUUCACACAUUUGUUUAUAUUAUAUAUAGCACUAUGCCAUUGUAAUCAUUGGAAGUGAGUUUUUACAGUUCAUUCUGUAACUCUAUUUCCAAGUGGACAGAUAAAAAAACAAGAGUGGGGUCACUUAGAUUAUGCUAGAUACCAUGGUGAAAAUACCCAUAAAUUACGGCUGGAGUUUACAUUUCUUUCUUGACUGUAAAUUUGUAAUGUAAGAUUGUUUAAUGUAAGCUUUGUAUAGAGAUAAUUAAUGUAUCAAACAUUUCUUGAUCAGUGAGAUUUGGUGUUAUCAGCUUCAAGGCAUGCAGGGGUCUUUGGAUUUGAUUUUUAAAGCUAAGGAUAAAACUUGGCCGAAUGUUAUCAAUUAAUGGAAGUUCUGAUUUCCAGAGAAGUAUUUCUGGAAAGUCUGUGAACCACUUAGUGUUUAUUUUGUUGUGGGAGGCAAGACCAUUUCUGUCACUUUGAAAUGCUGAUUUACUACUAGAUCUUGUGUUCUGUCAUUGAAAAGGGCAACCUGAGGGUGCCUUGCUGUAUUUUAUUACUCCCUUGUAUAGAGAAUGACAGUAUCUGUGGUAGAAUUGCUGAUUUCCUAUUUUGAACACAUUCUUCCUGUCUGGCUUAAAAUAGUAGCAAUAAUAUAGUUAACAAAACACUAUGAUGAAUUAUUUUCUAUAUGGAAAGUUAAUUUUGCUCAUAUAUCUUAAAGGGGGAAUAGUGGGUCUCUGAAACCUCUGCUCCUGCUGAUGGUACAGAGGUGGAAUGGUACAGCUGACCUCUGGAGAGAAAGCUGUGCUGGGAGACAGUGACAAGAAGGGGAAAAAAGGCAUUUAAAAAUUCCCCCAAAAUAAAUAAGGGGGCUUAAGAAGUGUAUUUGUACAGACCAGCAUUGUGUCCCCAGCAGGAAUUGUGGUGUCCUGUGCCAGCACACAGCCCUGUGACACAGCAAACUUGCUUGUUGACAUGAAUAACUUCAUGGCUAUCUUUGAGUUGGGUUAUUUCUGAUCUCUAAAGUGGGAAUCAAAACAAUACCCCACAGGAAUGUUGUGAAGCCAAACCAUUCCAAACUAAAAUGCACCGUUUAAACAGGCAAUGUAUCCAAGGUCGUCUUAGGCUGGGUUUUAUAAAUGAGGGACUAAUGUUAGUAGUUUCUUUUUAGUAUCUAUCAGGGAGCAAAUGGAAGUGUACAGGGAGUAGCAUGUCUCAUUUUAAAAGGGAACACAAGUACACUGCUAGCUUCCACGUGAUCUGCAUGGUAAAGAAAGAAAGUUACUAAGUAAUAGGAAAAAUAGGUAAUGAGUCUGCCUAGAGUCUGGAAUACUGAAAGGCACGGCUGAGCCUGCCAAGGGCAGGGAAGAAAGACAUUUGGGUUCUUUGGGUGAAGCAGUAAGUGGCAGGUGAGUGCUGACCGGAGUGCAGCUGCUCUGGUACCGGCACAGAUCCGCAGCCUGAGCAGCUCAUCGCAGCCUGGAGUGGCAGAAAUUAAAAUAAACCCUAGGGACCAGGACCGUGCCAGCAGUUUGAUUCAAAGCACUGCAGCAUGGCAGAAGCCUCUGUCUCUCCUCUGAAGCACUUUGUGCUGGCCAAGAAGACCAUCACUGCCAUCUUCGACCGGCUGCUGGACUAUGUCACUGAGGGAGCAGCCUUUGUGGAAGCCACAUACAAGAACCCAGAGCUUGAUCAGAUAGCGACAGAAGAUGAACUAGCAAAAAUACAAGCAUAUAAAAAAAAGCUGGCAGUCAUUGGAGAGGUGCUCUCACGGAGACACAUGAAAGUGGCAUUUUUUGGAAGAACAAGCAGUGGGAAAAGUUCAGUCAUUAAUGCAAUGCUGUGGGAUAAGGUACUUCCCAGUGGGAUUGGCCAUACAACAAACUGCUUCCUCAGUGUGGAAGGGACUGAUGGAGAUAAGGCUUAUCUUAUGACAGAAGGAUCAGAAGAAAAGAAGAGUGUCAAGACAGUCAAUCAGCUGGCUCAUGCACUUCACAUGGAUAAAGAUUUGAAGGCUGGCUGUCUCGUCCAUGUCUUUUGGCCCAAGUCAAAGUGUGCCCUGCUGAGAGAUGAUUUGGUUUUAGUGGACAGCCCUGGCACAGAUGUCACCACAGAACUGGACAGCUGGAUUGACAAGUUCUGCUUAGAUGCUGAUGUGUUUGUCUUGGUUGCCAAUUCUGAAUCAACUCUCAUGAACACGGAGAAACAUUUUUUCCAUAAAGUGAACGAACGACUUUCCAAGCCAAACAUCUUCAUCCUCAAUAAUAGGUGGGAUGCCUCUGCAUCAGAACCAGAAUACAUGGAAGAUGUGCGCAGGCAGCACACAGAGCGCUGUCUGACUUUCCUGGUCGAUGAGCUCAAGGUUAUUGAUCCUGUGGAAGCAAGGAACCGCAUCUUUUUCGUUUCAGCAAAGGAAGUUCUGAGUGCCAGGAGACAGAAGGCCCAAGGAAUGCCAGAGGCUGGUGAAGCACUUGCUGAAGGAUUUCAAACAAGAUUCCAGGAAUUUCAACGUUUUGAGCAGAUAUUUGAGGAGUGUAUCUCGCAGUCAGCCGUGAAAACCAAGUUUGAACAGCACACUAUCAGAGCUAAACAGAUAAUAGAUACUGUGAAAAACAUUAUGGACACCAUAAACGUGGCAGCAGCAGAGAAAAGAGUCCAUUCCAUGGAAGAGCGAGAGGAUCACAAGGACAGGCUGGACUUUGUUCGAAACCAGCUGAACAUUUUGACAGAAGACACCAAGGAGAAAAUCAAACGCGUUACCGAGGAGGUCGAAAGCAAAGUCUCCUCUGCCAUGACUGAUGAGAUUUGCCGGCUUUCAGUUUUAGUUGAUGAAUUUUGUUCUGAUUUUCACCCUUCUCCUCAAGUCCUGAAGCUCUAUAAGGCAGAACUGAACAAACACAUAGAAGACGGUUUGGGAAAGAACCUGGCUGAGCGCUGCUCCAGUGAAGUCAACCAGUCAAUGCACCAGUCCCAGCAGGAGAUGAUUGAAAAUCUGAAACCACUGUUGCCUUCUAGUGUUCAGGAUCAGAUCCACUUGCUAAUUCCAUGCAGGAAGUUUGACCUCAGCUACGAUCUAAACUGUCAUAGCCUGUGUGCAGAUUUUCAAGAGGAUAUCAUGUUCCACUUUUCUUUGGGAUGGACUUCUCUUGUAAACCGUUUCUUGGGUCCUAAACAAGCUCAGAAAGUACUCCUGGGAUUAGCAGAUCCAAACAUACAUAUCCCUCGUCCUUUAGCCAGCACCCCGUGUGCCGCCAGCCUUCCCGCCAUAACCCCCGAGGGCGAGCCCCAGGAUGACUUUAUGGUUCCCCUGGUGCUGAAUUUGGCCUCGCUGACAUCCCGGACCUCCAUGAGCAUCAUCGUUGUUGGCGGAGUGAUUUGGAAAACCAUAGGCUGGAAAGUGAUCUCCCUGUCCCUGAGCAUGUACGGGCUGCUGUACCUGUAUGAGAGGCUGUCGUGGACCACGCGGGCCAAGGAGAGAGCCUUCAAGCAGCAGUUUGUGAGCUACGCCACCGAGAGGCUGCACAUGAUCAUCAGCCUCACCAGCGCCAACUGCAGCCACCAGGUGCAGCAGGAAAUGGCCACUACUUUUGCUCGGCUCUGUCAGCAGGUGGAUAUUACUGAGAAAAACCUGGAAAAAGAAAUAGCUAGGCUUUCCAAAGAAAUAGAUCAGCUGGAGAACAUACAGAGCAGCUCCAAGCAGCUGAGAAAUAAAGCCAUUCACCUUGAGAACGAGCUAGAUCGCUUCACAAAACAUUUUCUUCAAAAGAGUAAAUAAAACAUCAUUGUGAACCUUCCUGGUGCUCCUUUGUAGGGCAAAGUAGAAAUUUUACAGGUGACACUGUUCUGUGGAGUCACUUGAAAUUAUUUAUAUUUUUAAUAUUAUUCUGGUGACAGUUGUUGUAAAGCUUGGACUCUAAUGGUGAAUCAAACUGAAGAGCUGUGAUAUUCUUAUGUUCGUUUUGCAGAUUUUGGGUUAAAAAUUACCUUUAAACACUAAAUAUUUUUUUUGCACUUGACAAAACCCCAGAUCUUCACUGGUUUUCAUGAGCAGUGGCAAGUCUCAUUUUUAUGUAGCAGGGGCAAGUCUCACUUCCUGGCAUCCAGGACCUUAGGCAGGCAAAGAGCUUAGCCAGUCUCCUGCUUUGCUGCUUAGGAAUUGUCCAGGGAUGGAGGGUGCUGGUUUUCCAUGGGGGUGUGAUUUAGUGAAGUCUGGCAGGGGAAAGGACUCCUGACAUGUUUGGAGAGCAGGUGCAGUGUAGUGGGGGCAGUGGUUCCCCUCGAAAGGGCAGGAAAAGAUGAGGUGAAGUGCACUAAGGAAAUGCUGUGGGCUCCUCUGGCACCCUCCUUGAGCCAGGAGGGCACUGGUUACAUGGAAGUGAAGCUGUUUCUUGCAGGGGCAGAGCAGUGAAGGGCUCCUGUGCCCGGAGCACACAGCCAGAACCACGGUGUCACCACCCCAGCUCACAGCCAGGUACAGCAGGGUUUGCUGAGCUGCCCUGGGCACGAGUGCUGCAGGCGGGGUAGGGAAGCUCAGGGUGCCAGGGCGACCUGGAUCUCUGCUGCCUUCAGGGAGCAGCACAUGGUGAAACCCCUUCUCUCCCUGUGGACAGGUCUCCUCUAGGUCAGACUCCAGGCAGUGUGUGGAGUCCUUUACCUUAGCUCAUCUCCAGCAAAGCCUCUUUAAAACCUUCUGCCAUUGCUGUCUGCAGUUAUUCAACAUCUACUUUUUUGUAACUAGACUUUUUAAAAUUAUAUAAAAAAGAAAAGCCUUUUCAGAGUAUUUAUAUAUUUUUAUGGCAGUGUUAACAUUGACUAAGUUAGAUUGAGCUCUAUGGUACAGGAGUUUGCUAUUUUCCAGUAACUAAAUGCUGUCUCAUCAGGAGAUAGAUGUAAAAUGUAAUGCUAGAAGUGUUAAAGGAAGACAACACCCCUCUGUUCAGGUGUUUGUUCUGACUGUGCAUGGGGAGUCCUGGGGGUCUGAGGGAAACUGUGGCAUCCACCCCUGAGCAACACCCCAGCCUUGGUGUGGGUGGGGACACAGCUGUGUAUCAAUGCUCUGUUUGUGGAGCAUUUGUAUUGACAUUGUAUCAAGAUAAAACUUGGAAUGCAUGUGUUCUCCAGUUAUUUAUUAAAAUAAGUCCUACCCCUGUGCUCUA